AUGCGCGCUCCGUCUUCCGCACUCGCGGAGAUCGCGCAGCGAGCGUCCGCGACGUCCCCGGCGGCGAUGAGCAGGCGCGACUCGGCGGAGCAAAACUCGAAGCCCGUUUCUAGGUCAAGCACGCAAGAUCCCCGUUUCGGCGCAUCCAACGGCGGAGAUGCGCCAAUACCGUUGUACCACAAGCCGCGGGGCAAGCGGGAAGGCCUGAUUUACCGGCUCGUGGCGUUACUGCUGCAGCUGCGCCUGUCCUCCGCAUCCGUUGUUCUCUCUGUGCUGGCGAUUCUCCUCGUGUCGUUAGCGCUGGUCGGGCGGAGAGGAACCGACGCGAGUUUGCAAUUUGGCGAUAACUUAAUGACGGGUAGUGAAGGCAUAGAGGUGAGGCCGACCGUCGCAGGCGUCGCAGGCGACGCGGGAGAGAUGACGUGGAUGGAGGUGGAGCGGCUCGCGAGGGGCGGCGCGCGAGCGCAGGACCGGUUCGGGUUCGGAAGCCUGAAAGGCGACGGGAGGAGCGGAGGGAACGGGGGGAGCGGAAAUGUCGACACGCUCGCAACGAGCGGAGAGAAAGGUACAAGAGAGAAGGGCGAGACGAGCGAGGUGGUCGGAAGAAGCGGCAUUUCGGCGGUUGACUCGAUUGACUUGAUUGACUUCAAAGACUUGGUUGUCCACGCGGCAAUCGAUCUCCCGGACUUUAUCCUCCUCCUGUUGCGGCCGCUGGCUCCAUCUGACUCGCCAAAAUCCGACGUGGCAGCUGGUUACACGGCCGCUGACGUGGCAGCUGCAACUGGUAAGCGAUCUUUGGAGGAGGGAGCCUCUAACGGAAUGUUUAGGGGCGCGCGGUUCGGCAAGGCUCGAGUGUCGCAGCAGCAGCUGGAGCGGAUAAAGGAGAUGCAGUGCAGCUUCGCGGAAGUCGUGUGGCAAGCGCUGAACCACCGCAAGAGGCCGCCGCCCCUAGUGUACGAUGCAGUGACGGUGCGGAGGGGGGAGAGGAGGGGGAGGGAGGUGCGGGAGGGGAGGGGGAGAGGUUAUGAUGGGAGGGAGGAGAAGGGAGAUACAGUGGAAGGGGGAGAGAGGGAGGAGAGGGAGGGGAGGGAGGGCGUGUAUCUGUUCGUGAGGGGCCUGCAGACCAACCCGCACCUGCCGCCUGUGCUCGCCAAUGUGACGUGCGUGUUUGGGGCGGAUGGGGGGACAGGGAGGACAGGGGGGACAGGUGCACUGGGGAGCGGCAAUGAAGGGGCAGGGAGUGAGAGAGAGGCGGAGCAGGUGGGGCUGCUGCGAGUGCCGGCGCGGGCUGCUGCUAUGGAGGUGGUGUUCUGCCCUCUGCCCGACCGUGCUGCUGCUGAUGGCGGUACCGGCAACAGCAGCAGCAGCGGCGGCGGCGGCGGCGGCAGCAGCGGCGGCGGCGGCGGCAACGGCGGCAGCGGCGGCGGCAGGGACGGCACUGGGGUGGGUGCAGCAGCGAUGGUCGCAAAUUUGGCGAUGCGGACAGUGACGGUGGAGUUCGAGGGGCGGCUGUUCCCGUCUGUAGCGCUCUUUGUCCCCGUUGACCCGUUUGACCAGCCCGAGGCCCCUCACGGCCAGCAGGAUGGGGACGAAGGAUCCAACGGUCAGCGUAGCAGCGAUGGGAGCCAGAAUGGUGGCAGUGAUAGUGAUGGUGGGAGGACUGGUGAUGGUUUGAGUGCCGGCAGUGCUGGUAAUGGCAGUAGUACGCGUGUGGGAACUAAACAGGAGGCGGGAGUGGAAGCAGGGGAGGAGGUGGGAGGCAGCACAGUGGGUGAAAGCGGCUUGAACAGGGAGAAACCGCAUUUUGUGUGCGUGUGCACGAUGAUUUUCAACGUGGGGAAGUUUCUGCGCGAGUGGGUGGUAUACCACCACUGGAUGGGCGUGGAUCGGAUCUUCCUCUACGACAACAACAGCGAGGACAACACCACAGCUGUCGUCGCCAGCCUGGCGGCGGACGGCGGCGCUCGGCUUGUUGUGGGCACGCCGGCCGCCCAGGCUGCGGCUGCGGUGGUGGCAGAGGCGGCAGCACGGGGAGGGGGAGGGGGAGGGGGAGGGGGAGAGGAGGAGGGGCGGUUGGGAAGGUCUGGAAGGUUGGGAGGUGCGGCUGUGGCAGGAGGGGAGGAGGUGGGGAUUGAGGGGGCCCAAUGGUGGGUGCGGGCAGGGUUUGUCGGCUCCACUCACAACCAAAGCCAUGCCGCAUCACCAUCAGAAGUAGAUCCGUCUUCCCGAUCACCCUCCUCCCCUUCCUCAAUCUCCUCCUCCUCCUCCUCCGCCCCUCACUCUCGGCCCUCCACCCCAGUGGUAACCCUACACCCGUGGCCGUGGAUAAAGUCCCAACAAGCGGGGUUCUCCCACUGUGUGCUGCGGGCAGCGAGGCAGUGCGAGUGGGUGGGCUUCAUAGACGUUGAUGAGUUCGUUGCUCCCAAGUUCAUCGCGCAUAUCGCUGAGAAAAGGAAGGAUUUGGGGGGCGAGGUGCGGGAGAAGGGCGUGUUUAUUCCGCAUUUGCUGAGGAGGGUGGUGAGGGCGAGUGAGAAGGAGAUAGAGGAGGUGGUUGCGAGGAAGGGAGUCAGGGGAGAGAGGGGGGAGGGUGAGGUCAGGCGGCGGAGAAUGGCAGGUGGGGGCAGGGGGGAGGUGGUGGGUGGGGGUGUGAGGGAGAGAGGGGGAGAGGAGGUGGGAGUUGUGGCAGGUGUAGCCGAUGUGGAAGGUGCAAGGGAGAGUGGAGGCGUGGGGGGAGGUGUGGGUCGGAGACUGCUUGCUGGUGGUGAGGGUGAGGGUGGGUGUGACGGUGGGGGUGAGGGUGAGGGUGAGGGUGAGGGUGGGGGUGAGGGUGAGGGUGAGGGUGGGGGUGGGGAGUUGGAAAUUAGCAGCAAAGGGGCAAAUAGCAAAAAGGGAGAGAAGGGGAAGAAGGGCAAGAAGAUCAGGGGUAGCAAGAAGAGCAAAGGUGAGGAUCGUGACGGGAAGCAGGCCAAGAAGAACAAGCAGGCGAAGGAAGAGGAAGAGAAGGAGGAGGAGGAUGAGGAGGGGAUGAGGAAAGGGGAAGUGGAGAAAAAGAAGAAGCAGAAGAAGAGCAAGAAGGGGUCCGGCAGCUCAGAAGCUACGGGAGAAGGGCAGGAAGGAGGCAGUGACAGCACGGCAGCGAGCAGCAUGGAGAGUGAGCGAGCAGAGGACGACGUGCGGCCGCUGGGGCAGAUCUCCUUCCCCUGUGUGGACUUCGGCCCCUCAGGCCUCUCCCAGCACCCCCAGCAGGGGGUCUCAGUGGGGUAUACCUGCCGGGCGCGCAAGCCUGACCGCCACAAGUCGUUUGUGCGCCCCGAGGCGGUGGCGGACUCGCUGCUGUGCCACAUUCAUCAGUUCGAGUUGAAGGAGGAGCGGUACCGCACCCAGGUGUUCUCGGGGAGGGUGCGACUGGCCAACAUCAACCACUACAAGUUCCAGGUGUGGGAUGAGUUCAAGGCCAAAUAUCGGCGGCGAGUGGCGACAUACACCAAGGACUGGAAGGGGGCGAAGCAAAACAGCAUUGAUUUAAUACCUGGGCUUGGGACAGAUGCAUUGGAGCCUCCUGAUUGGGCGGGUCGGUUCUGCGAGCGCAACGACACCGUGUUGAGGGAUUUUGUGAAGCUGGCCUUUGCUGUGGAGGAGGACGGGAAAGGAGGGGAUGUGAGGAACCGGACAUGCUUGGCGUGGGAGUGA